AUGUCCUCCGAAGCUGUUAAACAUAUUCGUAGGGAGGAUGAAUUUGAGAAUCUUAUCAAGGAAGAUAAAUUAGUCGUAUGCGAUUUCUUUGCUACCUGGUGUGGUCCCUGCAAAAUGCUUGCUCCGAAACUGGAAGGUCUUGCUAAAGAGCACAAAAAUGUUGCCUUUGUUAAAAUCGAUGUAGAUGAAUUGGAAGAACUUGCUAUGAAAUAUGAGAUUGAGGCUAUGCCAACUAUCCUUUUCUUCAGGAAAGGCGAUAAGCUCGCUACCGUUAAGGUCGAUAAGCCAACUGGAUUUAGAAGAAGAUGGGAAACCACAUCUAAAUGUAUAAGAUCAAGCACUUUUGUGAAAUUACCUAAAAUGGCGUCUGCCGUAAGGCACAUUUCGGACGAAAAGGAGUUUGAGGAUCUUGUCAAGGGUGAUAAGCUCGUUGUAUGUGAUUUCUAUGCUACUUGGUGUGGACCUUGCAAAGCUCUUGCCCCAAAACUGGAGGCUUUAGCAAAGGAGAAAACCUCCGUUGUAUUCGUCAAAGUUGAUGUAGAUGAAAUGGAGGAUCUAGCUCAGAAACAUGAGGUAUCAGCAAUGCCUACGCUCAUUGUUUUUAAACGUGGUGCCCCUGUUGGUCGCUUUAUUGGAGCUGACAUAGAAAAAGUAAAGGCUGCAAUCGCUGAACAUUCGGAAUAA